AUCAACGUACCAUUUGUGUGAAAUUGAGAGAAAUAGAAAUAAAGUGAAUUAUACCUGAAUAAUACUGCUCGUAUUUGUUCAUUUCAAGCCAGUUUUAUUUUAUAUUUCUUUUGAGAUGUACACGUUUUUUUUUUCUGAGUGAAUUGUUUCUUAUCACCUGUAGCAAUGAACUGGCAUCAAUCCAGUUAUUAUAUUAAUAUAAACAUCAUUCUCUCUGCGACGUACCGUGGUAGCACGAACUGAAGGGAAGGAAACAGACGAUGGCCAAACUGCGUCGGCGUAGAGUCGAGGGGGUGUUUAUAUUUAUAUUACUACUACUACUACUUAUAACAAAAUAGUAUGGUUUAUUACCGGCCCCCAAGGCACGUUUCCAUCCAUUCUCUCUGCUGACUAUAUAACCAACCAGAGGACCAGACGUUGGGUAGCAGCAUCGAUCCCAAUCCCAUAUCCCCUCCAACAACAAGCCAAGCUAGCUAAUAGUAACAAAGUGCGAGACAUGGCAACUUACGGUGGUUAUUCCUCCAGCUGCAAAGUAAACCUCGCCUGCCUCUUGAUGGUCGUCUUGCUCGUAUCAUCCCCUAGCAAGAGCCAUGGCGGCGGCAACAUUGCCAUCUACUGGGGCCAGAAUGGCAACGAGGGCACCCUGGCCCAGACCUGCGCCACCGGCAACUACGCCUUUGUCAACAUCGCCUUCCUCUGCAGCUUCGGCUCGGCGCAGACGACCCCGCAGCUCAACCUUGCAGGCCACUGCGACCCCUACUCCAACGCCUGCACCAACCUCACCGCCGACAUCACCUUCUGCCAGUCCAAGGGUGUCAAGGUCAUGCUCUCCAUCGGCGGCGGCGCAGGAGGCUACUCCCUCGACUCCCAGCAAGACGCCUUCCAGCUCGCCCAGUACAUCUGGAACAACUUCCUCGGUGGCCACUCCGACAAGAGGCCCCUGGGCGAUGCCGUGCUCGACGGCAUCGACUUCGACAUUGAGGGAGGAAAUCCAGACCACUACGGAGAACUUGCAGCGUACCUCAAGUCCUACGGCGCCAGCAAGCAGGUGUACCUGUCGGCAGCGCCCCAGUGUCCAUUCCCGGACCAGUGGGUAGGCAAAGCCCUUCAGACGGGGCUCUUCGACUACGUCUGGGUCCAGUUCUACAACAACCCGCCUUGCCAGUACACACCGGGGAGCACCGCAAACCUCAUCAACUCCUGGAACCAGUGGACAACAGCGAUCAAUGCCACAUACAUCUUCCUCGGCCUGCCGGCCGCACCAGAUGCUGCAGGAAGCGGCUUCAUACCAGUGGAGAGCCUCAAGUCGCAGGUGCUUCCGGCGCUCAAGAACUCCACCAAGUACGGUGGAGUCAUGCUGUGGUCCAAGUUCUAUGAUGACCAGGACAGUUACAGCUCCGCCAUCAAGAACUCCGUCUGAUCUGCACUGCACGGUUUCAUUCUGGAUGUGAGGAUUCAUACAUGCAUGUGUGCUCAUCGAGUUGUCAUGUAAAAAUUCUACUGAAAUAAAGACCGAUAUUCCUACCACCCUUCGGGCCAUCAUCCUAUGUUUUCUGCUGAGCUUCAGUCAAGAUUAAUAAGAACCAAGGAACUAAUAAGUACCUCCUUAAAUUGUGCCUGGGCUCCAUUGGGAUAACCUUGUCGCACCUAAAACAGAUGGCCCACUGAUCAGAUUUGCAGAAAAGAAAAGAAAAGAAAAGAAAAG